AUGCCCCGGGAGCAACGGGUGAGCUUUGCGUCGUACCACUUGACGGAGGAAGCGAACCUCUGGUGGCAGGCAAAAUCAAAAGCCAUUGGUUUACCCGAUCGACAGAUGCCAUGGGAGCGGUUUGAGGUGGAGCUAUGGACUCGAUUUGGGCCUCUGGAUGGUGAGGAUUUCGAUGAAGCACUGUGUCACAUCCAGCAGAAGGGUUCCUUAUUGGAGUUCCAACGGGAGUUUGAGCGGUUGCAGAACAAGGUGGAGGGCUGGACGGAAAAGGCUUUGGUGGGAGCGUUUAUGGGGGGGUUACACAAAUCCAUUUCGAGCGGCAUAAGGAUCUUCAAGCCAAAGACCUUGCUGGAGGUCAUCAACUAUGCGAGAUUGAGAGACGACCAGUUACAACAAGAAAAACGGUGGAACAACCCUCGCAUCAUGGCACCACCACCGGCGUAUACGGUGAGUCAUCCGCGGGGGGAGAGCUCUAAGCCUACGCCGCCACGAAAAUUAAGCUGGGAGGAGCUGAAGAAAAAGCGCAGUUUGGGAUUAUGCUUUAGCUGCGAUGAUAAUUUUUUCCCGCGGCACAAAUGCAAGCAACCGCAACUGUUCAUCAUGGAGAGUGAAGCCGAUGGGGAAGAGGUCGCGGUUGAGACCACGGAGGAGGUAGACCAGUCCCCGGAGAUCACACUACACGCCUUAACCGGCUGGGAUGCGCCGACAACCAUUCGUCUUCGAGCAGACAUCGGCAAACACCACCUGCUCGCCUUGGUCGACAGUGGCUUGACCCAUAAUUUCAUCAGCCUAAAAGCGGCACAACGGCUCCGAUUGCAAUUUACACCGACACCAUCAUUUUGGGUUCGUGUGGCUAACGGGGAACCAUUGACGUGUGCUGGCAAGUUUGAUGAGGUGCUGGUUCAGAUCGGCGAGGCGGCAUUCACGGUGACCUUGCACGCAGUGCCAUUGGUGGGCCUCGAUCUAGUCUUGGGAGUUAAAUGGCUUGAAAGUCUAGGCCCAACAGUUUGUGACUGGAAGGCCCGUAACAUACAAAUCGAGUGGGCCGGACGGACUCACACUUUCAGUGGGCUUCAACACAUAUCGAUCCACGCCACUGAUUCUAAUAACAUCGUCAAAGAAGCUCGCCAAGGCCAAACCCUGUUCGCGAUCUGUCUUUCUGACACGAAUCCGACGCUGCUACCGGUCGAACCAGAGAUGCAAGCUCUCAUACAAGAGUUUGAUGCACUAUUUCACACACCUGAUGGAUUACCACCACGACGUGCGAUCGAACAUCGGAUUCCACUCAAAGAAGGUACCAACCCAGUCAAUGUCCGGCCGUAUCGCUAUGCUUAUUUUCAGAAGGAGGAGAUUGAGAAGCAAGUCUCGGAGAUGCUCACAUCUGGAAUCAUUCGUCCGAGUUGCAGUCCGUUCUCAUCGCCGGUUCUGCUGGUCAAGAAAAAGGAUGGGUCGUGGCGUUUUUGCACAGACUACCGGGCACUCAACGCAGCUACCAUAAAAGACCGCUUCCCCAUUCCAACUGUUGAGGACAUGCUCGACGAACUGCACGGAGCGACAUUUUUUACAAAGCUUGACCUCACUGCGGGGUAUCACCAGGUGCAAAUGCACCCUUCUGACGUCCACAAGACGGCAUUCCGCACACACAACGGUCAUUACGAGUACCUCGUCAUGCCCUUUGGUCUAUGCAACGCACCAUCUACGUUCCAAGCACUGAUGAACGAGAUCUUUCGUCCCUUGAUGCGCAAGUCGGUGAUGGUUUUUUUUGACGACAUCCUCGUUUAUAGCCCGACAUGGACGUCGCACCUUCAACAUGUCCGUGAGGUUUUCAGUCUCCUCCACCACCAUGGCUUGUCGGUGAAGUUUAAAAAAUGUGAUUUCGGUAGGCGGGAGCUGGAGUACUUGGGUCAUAUCAUCUCCACUACAGGAGUCAAGGUGGUAUCAGAGCCAAGAGAUUGUAAAACAAAACACAAGGUAUUUGAUUGGUAG